AUGUCUGUUGAAAGCAGACAAAGGCUCUCCGUCAUCAGCGGGCCAACUGAGCCAGCACUUCUCAAUUGGACUUUUAAUGACUUACUCCAACAACGGCUCAUACAACAUCCAAAACAAGUCGCAGUGCGUUCCAAACAUCAGAAUUCACAUCUCACUUACACAGAAUUACACCAAUAUGCCGAGAACCUUGCUGCAGGGCUAUACAAUCUGGGUAUUAGGAACGGUGACCGUGUUGGUGUAUUGCUCGGCAAUCGACUCGAGUACGCAAUUAUUCUGUUUGCAUGUUCCAAGCUCGGAGCUUACUUCACCUUGUACAACUACGCAUACACGCCGUCAGAACUCGUCAACGCAAUACAAGCCACAACGCCGAAAGUACUCUUCACAACUCUGAAAACUUGCCGCUACAACUACGAAGCCGUUUUAGAAGACUUAGGCCAGUCGGCGGCGUGCCUGCGUCGAAUUAUUUUGCUUGAUGAUAUUACAGGGACGAAAGUGAGCUCUGUAUUGCCACAAAACUUUACUAACUACAAGGAUCUACUAAAAAAAGCAUCAGACGCCGACAUUUUGAAAGUCAAAAGAGCACAACAGUUUGUACGGCCUGAAAAUAUCCUCAAUUUGCAGUUCACUUCAGGAAGUACGGGACUGCCCAAGGCCGCGGCUUUGACACACUAUGGCAUGCUGAAUAGCGCAAGAUACAUUGGAUUGCAAAUGAAGAUACGGCCAACUGAUAGAAUCAACGUUCCUGUGCCGUUGUUUCACGCCUUUGGGCUCGUAAUUGGUCUUUGUACGGCUUUCAUGUAUGGCAGCACUAUUGUACUACCUUCAGAAUACUUUGACGCGGCAGAAACUAUUGUGGCAAUCGAUCAAUACCAAUGUACUGGAUUAUAUGGUGUAAGCACCAUGUUUGUGGACAUGUUAUCUCACCCCCAAUUUAAUUCCACGAAGCGAACAUCGUUGCGGUUCGGUUUAAUGGCAGGUUCUGCUAUGCCCGAUGGGCUACUCAACCGUGUUAUGAGCCAGUUUCCAAUUCGGGAUAUUUACACCAACUGGGGCAUGACGGAAUUGUCGUCCAUCGCCACAAUGACCACAGCUGAGGAUCCAUUGGAAAAGAAGAUGAAGUCAGCCGGGCGGCUACUGCCAGGAUUCGUUGCCAAAAUUGUAGAUUCGGCAGCCUGUCCCGUUCCUUGGGGUCACCGUGGUGAAAUCGUCGUCAGUGGCUUUGGAGUAAUGCAUUCCUAUUAUAACCAGCCAGAGCAAACAGCUCAAGCGGUUCGUCAACAUGACGAUGAUUCUUCAAGUUCCCUCGAUAAAAUUGAAAAGACACCACCCGGCAAUAGAAGAUGGAUGCAUACGGGCGAUGAGGGUUAUCUUGACAGUGAGGGGUACUUCGUGAUCACAGGAAGAAUUAAAGAUCUCAUCAUCCGAGGAGGAGAAAACAUUUCGCCCCUUGAAAUUGAGGCUCAACUCUACCAGCAUCCGUGGAUAAAGCAAUGCGCCGUUUUUGGCGUUCCAAGCCCAAGGUACGGGGAGGAAGUUGCAGCUAUUUUGGAGCUGAAUGACACGGCCAAGAGACGGCUUUCGGACGACGAGGUUAGGGAAUGGGUUCGGAAAGACCUUAGUCGGUAUAAAGCACCGAUAUAUAUCUGGUGGUUGGGGGAUGCUGUUGCCGGUGUGCCGGACGAGUGGCCGAAAACCGCAAAUGGCAAGUUGAAGAAAGAUGACAUCAAGAACAUUGGCAAAGACCUACUGAAUCGUUGUGUUUUGUCUCCGGGGGUGUUGCGGGCUAUGUUGUAA